AUGGUUGGAAAAGUCAGCGAGCGCGUCCUCGCGCGGGAGGGUCUCGAGCGAACGGACAAUGGCAUGAAGCAGAGCAGCUGGCCGGACGUUGUCCCAAUCAACCAGAAGAACUACUACACCGAGUAUAUGAAGCGUGACACACAAAUCCUACCAUUGCGACUCCAAUUCGAUGCGAACCUCGACAGAAUCGCACAGAAUGCCAAGGACAGAGAUCGCGAGCGCGCCUUGAAUCCUAAGGGGGAGGUCCCGCUGGGUUUGCCGGAAGAGGACGAAUAUGAAGCCCAGGCCGAAGACGGCAGUGUGCCUGGCAAGAACGCCUCUGAUCCCUCACGCAUCAUCAUCAUCCACCCUGGCAGCCAAAACCUGCGGAUAGGCUUUGCCAGCGAUGCACUACCGAAGACGAUACCCAUGACCCUGGCGACGAGGUUUCCCCAGACAGAGGCCGAGCAGUACGAGGCGCUACCCCGGCGACAAUUUGAGGCCAAGACCACCGAUGAACAAUACGGGGAAGAAUGGUCGAAGAAGUACAACAAGAUGUGCAGCGACUUGAAGAUCGACAUGCGCGCCAACAAGCGAAAGGUCCUGCCAAACUCUAAAGAGCUGGUGGUUAAUUACAACCGGCGGGCUGACCCCGAGGUCAUUCCUGUCCACAAUGAUCCUCUGCAGGUCGAGUGGACCGACGUCAAGUCCUUGGAGGACCCCAAUUCCGUUGCGUCUUGCUUCAUCGGCAACGAAGCCCUGCGAGUUCCCGACGAUUCAAGCCCCAAGUUCAAGUUGUGGUGGCCAAUACAACAAGGAUGGAUGAAUGAAGACGACUACACGGCAGCCGAGCAUCUAUACGAUGACUUCGAGACUCUACUUGAUAAAUCAAUCCGACAAGAACUCGGCUUGACUAAGAAUAGCUCUUGGAAACACUACAGUUGCGUCUUUAUCAUCCCCGACCUAUACGACAAGAAAUAUGUUGAGCAGGCAUUGCGGUCGUGUAUGAACUGGUUCGAAUUCUCAAAGACCUGUUUCAUACAAGAGAGCAUGGCAGCAACCUUCGGCGCUGGUUACACGCAAGCUUGCGUUGUUGACGUUGGUGCGCAAAAGACCUCGAUCACCUGCGUCGAGGACGGGCUCUGCAUCGAGGACUCGCGUGUCAACUUGAAGUACGGUGGCUAUGACGUGACGGAGACGUUCAUCAAGAUGAUGCUCUACGACAACUUCCCUUAUGCAGAUAUCAACCUCCGGAGGCGGUAUGAUUUCUUGCUGGCAGAAGAACUGAAGAUCAAGCACUGCACCAUGACCCAGGCAGACAUCUCCGUACAGCUCUUCCAGUUUCACCUCCGCGCUCCCAACCAGCCCACCCGCAAGUAUCAAUUCAAGACGUACGACGAGGUCAUCCUGGCUCCCAUGGGUUUCUAUGACCCAGAAGUGUUCGACAACUCGACAAAGCUCCGCGGGCGAAGGAAACUCAUCGACCGCUCCUACAACGCCUAUGAUGUGGAAGUGCCAGACGACCCUUUCUCAGCAGCACAGUUGGCUAUUUUGUCACUGAACAAGCCUUCGAUAAACCAGAUACCCAGUGCUAUCCCUCCGGGGGCGGAAUUCUCCACGCCGAUGAAGGAGAAGCCCAACCCAUUCAACCACCUCACUCGCGACGGAACCCCACAGGCGUCCAACGCCCCUUCACCCGCACCCGAAGGUGCAAGCACUCCUGUUCCUCCUCCGUUCGUGUUUGGAAAGGACAGCACCAACGGAAACGCCAGUCCAUCCCGCAACGGCGGCACACCAGUGCCCCAGACCAACGGCGGCCCUGCCCCGAACAACGUGUCCCAACCCCCCCCGGGCAUCUUCGUCGAGCGGGAGGAGCACCCACUGAAGAAGCUCGCCGAGGAGCGGGACGAAGUCAUGCCGGUCGUCCCGCUCGACAUCGCCAUCCUGACCUCGAUCCAGAACGCGGGCAAGACGGAUGACAAGAAGGUUCGCGACCUGUUGGGCUCGAUCAUGGUCAUUGGCGGCGGCGCCAAGGUCCCGCACUUCACCAGCUACCUCGAGGAGAAGCUGCGCGCCCGGCGGCCCGACAUCGCUGACAGGAUCCUCGUGUCGCGCAGCGCGAGGGACAUGGACGAGCAGGUCGUGGUCUGGAAGGGCGGCAGCGUCUUCGGGAAGCUCUCUAUGAACGACUCGUGGAUCACGCCGUUCGAGUACGAGAGGCUCGGGCCGAGGGUGCUCCACCACAAGGUCCUCUGGGCGUGGUAG